AUCCGAAGAUGAACAUCAAGAUGGACAAGUCUCACCAACAAACAAAACAACUCAGGGAACGUGACAAGAUCCGUUACAUCACCAUGGGUCUACAGAGCGAGGCAACGAGGACCAGUCUCACUUCCCACUACAUGUCUACUGGAUGUGACUCUCUCACUCUGAUCAAGCUGGCACGACAGAUCGAACCUUCUCAGAAACACCGUGAUCCAAACUGGCGUCAACAAGGAGCCAAGCCAAAGGACUACACGAAGAAGGAACAUCAACGCCAGCAAGGCUUUUCGUCCACAUCACAGCCUAAGUAUUCAUCUCGGCAAAAUGGUGAGAAACAUUCUCCUACUUCCACCAAAACAUCGGACAAAUCAAGCCAAAAAUACAAAGACCCAAAGGACUACACCAAACAUCAAGACAAAGACAAGAAACACAGCUACACUGCUUCAAUAAGACACGACUUACCAUCUAGACACCCCGUGAGACUCGUCAUUGAGAUUCUUGUAAACAACACACCGGUCGACGCCCUGGUUGACACGGGUGCAGACAUCUCAAUCUUAAGAAAACAGGAAGCAGAGCUUUAACUUUAAGCAGAGCUUUAAGCUUUAAGAGGGUAUUAACA